ACGAGCCCUCGCUCCUACCGCGCGCGUGCGCAGUGUCGCUUUCGUCCCCCGGAUAUGACGUCUCCGCGGUAGAGGCGUCACUUCCGCAAACAGGAUGGCCGAGGGUCGUGCUGGUUUAUUUUGAUCAAUAGGUAGGGAAUUUAACCUGUCAAAAAUGGCUGACUUAACCAAAACUGAAGAAAAGGAAGUAGAGAAGAGUUUGGAUGAAGAAGUGGAGGGAACAUCUCAUGCUUCAGAAUCAGAUUCAGGUAUUAAUUUGGAAGGCAAUAGCUCGACUUCAGGUACAACGCACUCCACCGAAAAUGAGAACAAACUUGCUAGUGGUGAUCAGGGCAGUGGCCUGAAAAGGAGUGUAGCAGAUGUUGAAGAUGAACCUCCUAAGAAAGUUCCGAGUGAGGCAGGCCAUGGGCAAGCUGUAGCUGCACAUUAUAAUGAGCUUCAAGAAGUUGGGUUGGAAAAACGCAGCCAGAGUCGCAUAUUCUACCUCCGAAACUUUAAUAACUGGACAAAGAGUGUCCUCAUUGGGGAAUUUAUAGACCGCGUACGACAGAAAAAGAGUGAUAUUACUGUUUUGGAUCUGGGAUGUGGCAAAGGUGGAGACUUACUGAAAUGGAGGAAAGGCAGAAUUAAAAAACUUGUCUGUACAGAUAUUGCUGAUAUUUCUGUGCAGCAGUGCAAGCAGCGAUACGAAGACAUGAAAGCCCGAUGUCGCUAUAAUGAACGUAUUUUUGAUGCAGAAUUUAUACAAGCAGAUAGUACCAAGGAUCUUCUGUCUCCCAAAUACAGCGAUCCAGACACACGCUUUGACAUUUGCAGCUGUCAGUUUGUUUACCAUUACUCAUUUGAGACAUAUGAGCAGGCUGACAUGAUGCUUAAAAAUGCCUGUGGGAACCUCUCUCCUGGAGGUUAUUUCAUAGGCACGACUCCAAAUAGCUUUGAGCUUGUAAAGCGACUUGAAGCUUCAGAAACCAAUUCAUUUGGGAAUGAUGUAUACAGUGUAAAAUUUGAGAAGAAGGGAGAAUAUCCUUUGUUUGGCUGCAAAUACGAUUUCCACUUAGAGGAAGUUGUGGAUGUCCCCGAGUUCUUGGUUUAUUUUCCAUUACUGGAGGAAAUGGCAAAGAAGCAUGGUAUGAAGCUAGUUUACAAAAUGACAUUUCGGGAAUUUUAUGAAGAAAAAAUCAAGAAUGAGGAACAUAAGAUGCUGCUAAGAAGAAUGCAGGCCUUGGAGCCAUAUUCUGCAUUUGGUGAUUCCAGGCUUGCCUCUGAUAAACCUGAUGAUUAUGAGCAUGCAAAAGAGUUUAUCAAAGAUGGCAAGGCAAAGUUACCAUUGGGAACACUGAGUAAAUCUGAAUGGGAAGCAACAAGUAUUUACUUGGUAUUUGCCUUUGAGAAGCAGCUGUGAAACUUCACAUACCAGACUCAGCAAGAAGAGCUCAUAUCCAUGUGCAAGUUGGAGCGGUCAGAAAUCCAUUGUGGCAACUAUUUUUUUAUUUUUAUUUUUUAAUUAUCAGAAGUGUGCAGGACACUACCAAAAACGAGAGCAAGCUCACGAUUCUGAGUUACAUUGCCUGUCUGUGACAGAUGGACUUGUGUGUGUAUAUAUAAGAAAGAUUCUGAACCAGUCUUUUUAAGCAUUUGUAAGCAAUCUGAAUGCUCUCAAAACUUAUGUUUGAACUUGACAACUUCGUGUUAGAAAAAAAAUGUUUUGUUAGUCUUAUGUUUGUGCUUACCAGCCUCAUGCUGCACUUCCUGAAGUUGAUGGAAAAUGACUUGUUAACUGUUAACUUCAGUGAUGUAGAAUGAGGGCCUAAAUAUUGUAAUGCAAAGCUCGGUUAGUUCAUAAUGUGAUGGAUUCAGACAUGUAGGGUAUGUCUACAGUGCAUGCAGAGCUUAGUGACAAACAAUACCCAAGUCAGUUUGAGUACUACUUAUGUGCUGUACUCCUGCCUGCAGUGUAAAUCUACCUUAGAGAUAUUCAUGGUGUAGUUUACACGGUAAAGUUUCAUGAUGUUUUUAGUUGUUGUUGUUUUUUUUUUUUUGGUUUUUUUUUUUUUUUUUUUUUGCUUGCUUGCUUGAUGAUAUAUAGUGUCACUUCAUGGUGCUUCCAAGAUUAAAUGUGUUCUGUACAAAGCUGCUCUAAAAAAACUGAAUUUCUGAACUUUUAAAAAUCUUUACAUCGUUUUUCCAAGUAUGACUAUACAGUAAUGAAUAACAGCUGCUGAGCUUAAAUUACUGAACAUUUUCUAUUGUAUUAAAGACUGUACUGACUUUUUUGUAGUUUUAAUGUCUCUUUGAAACUUAUUAGAUGGAUCUUAGGAUGUGUUUUGCUUGUUUCAUAAAAUUCCAAAUAGGCUUGGCAGAAGAAUUAGCUCUUAGUGGUGAUGGGGACUUCACUUAAAGCAUUAAGAACAUGAUCAUGAACUAAAAAGGGAACCCUUAUAAUAGUUGAGGGUACUGGAAUUUCACUCUGGUGGGGAUGGUUGUGUAUGUGCACACACACCAUUAGAUAUAGGAAAUAAUUUCAAAAUGAGAUCCAAAUAUUCUGCUUGGGAAUAUAAACUGAUGUUCUUGACAGGCAGAAUGAUACCUAACUCCUGUCCUACUCUCUGCCAUUCUAUUGGACCUGGCUUGGAGGUUUCUGGCAUCGUGUUUAGUCCUCCUUUAUUAUGCCAGUAGCCACCCACUAGUGAGAAGAUGAGGGUUACUUCAGGAUUUUUCUCUCUCUUCUUGAGCUAAGAGAUGCUUUUUGAUGCUGUUGGCUAUUUUAGUUUAUAUACAGAUUAAUUGAUAGUGUUGAUGGUACACAAGUAUUUUUUUGCAAACCUAUAAUAAACCUAAGAAAGAACAAUGCUAUUAAACAUUCAGAUUAUUUGAGUUUGUAGUUGUAGAGCCUUUCCUCUGUAAAUUAGCUCAUACACUUUCCUCUGACUCUUGAUUUUUAAUUUUCUAGAAGAUUAUGUAUAACCUUCACUAAAUCAGUAGUAUCACAGUCAUGAGUUCUACUAAAUUUAUUUUUAAAAGGUGUUUUUUUUUAACUAGAAAUUGUACUUAAGAAACUACCUGAAAUGUGGCAACACUUAAGAAGUGCUGAAAGAUUUCACUGAAUUUUUUGUGCAUCAAAGCUGUUUUGUUACAUUUCUUAUCUGAAGUUUCAUUUGAAAGUACAUAGUUAUGCUAUUUUUGGAAGAUAUUAGAAUAAUAAAAAGGGGAGAUAUACAGAGGAGUGUUUCCUCUUCUAAGCUAAUUUCAGCAUAUUGAAAAUGAAAACUGUGGAAUGGCUGAGACAUGGAGGGGCACCACUGGAAGUCUGAACUAACCUUUUCCCAUCCAAGUAGGCAACCAGUGCCAUUGCUCGGUCACUCCCAUGGUAAAGAUGUUUAGACUGCACCUCCUGUGUUUGUGCCACUUACCACCAGUCACACUUUACACAUUCGCCACCUUUUUGGCAUGGGCAUGCUUCCCCUUUGACUUGUGUUCAUUUGGAGUCCACCAGAACCCCUAGUUCCUUUUCUGCAAAUCUGCCUUCCAUCUGGGUGGCCCACAGCAUGUACUGGUCCUGUUGUUGCUCUUCACCCAGUAGAAGGAUUUAGCACUUAACUGAACUGUGUGAGGUUCCUAUUAGCCCAUUUCUUCAGCUUGUUGAGUUCCCUCUGAAUAACUGUAGAGCCCUCUGGUGUAUUUGCCACUCCUCCAGUUCUGUGUUAUUAGCAAGCUUGCUGAGGUCGUACUCUACCCAUCUAGAUCAUUAAUGGAGAUGUUGAAUGGGAUUGGAUUCAGUAUUGAUCACUUUGGUAGACUGCUAGUUACUGGCUCCCAACUAGGCUUUGCACCACUGAUCAUUAUGCUCUGGGACCAUCUCUUCAACUAGUUUUGUUCACCUCCUUAUCUGCAUGACCAGACUGUACUUUGUCAACUUUUUCUAUGAGGAUCUUAGGAGAGUAAGUGUCAAAGGUCUUCCUGAACUCUGUGUAGACGAUAUCCACUAUGCUCCCCUCAUCCACCAGGCCAGUCAUUUCAUAGUUAAUCAAGUAGGUCAAGCUUAACUUCCUUUUGGUAAAUCUCUAUUGAUGAUAUUCUUAUCCUUCACACGCUGGAACUGGUUUCCAGGAUUAGCUGCUCCAUUACCUUCCCAGUGAUUGAGGUGGGGCUGACUGGACUUCCUGGUGGGAGUGACACGGAUUUUACUAGUCUGUGGGCACCUCUCCUAGUUAAAAUGAUCAUUAGAGGAUUAUCAAGAGUGGCCUUGCAGUGACACCAGACAUCUCCCUCAGCACUCACAGGUGCAUCCCAUCAGGGCCUAUAGGUUUCGUAUAUCCUAUUUGUUUAUACGUUCCCUGGACUGAUCCUCUUCUAUCAUAGGUACAUCUUUCUUGUGCCAGUUCUUCCCCUGGUAUCUGGGACCUAAGGUUUGUGAAAGACAAUCUUACUCAUAAACGCUGAGACAAAGAAGGCAUUCAAUUUCUCAGCAUUUUUCCUGUCUUCUGUCGCUGCGUCCCCCGUCCCAUUCAGCUGUGCAUCCAUGUUUUCCCUACUCUUGCUUUUGUGACUUAGAUACCUACAGAAGCUUUUCUCAGUGCCUGACAUCCUUGGCCAGAUUCAAUUCAAGUUGGACUUCUGGCCUUUCUGAAUGCGUCUCUUUAUACUUGGACAGCAUCUGUAUUCAUGCUAAGUUACCUGUCCCUGCUUCCACUAUUUGUAUGCGUCCUUUUUGUGUUUGAGUUUUGCAAGAAACAAAUCACUCAUCUAUGCAAGCUCCUUGACAUUUUUCCUGACUUCCUACUUGUUAGGAUAGACCACUUGUGGGAUAGAGCUUGUGGGAAAGUGAUCCUUGAAUAUUAAGCUUGCUUUUGUGGGCCCCUCUUUCCUCCAGGACCUUAUCUCACAGAACUCUUCCUAGCAAAUCUUUCAAGAAGUCAGUCUGCUCUCCAGCAGUCCAGCAUUGUGACCUUGCUUUUCAUCCUCUGUCUUGCUCUCAGGAUCCUGAACUCAGCCAUCUCAUGAUCAAUGCAGCCAAGGCUACUUUUAAUCUUCAUUUUCCCAGAUAGCCCCUCCUUGGUAAACACUAUGUUCAUCAGAGCACUUCUCAUUGGUUCUUCUAUCACUUGGGCCAAGAAGUUAUUAGUACUCUCCAGGAAUCUCCUUUUGCUUUUGUCCUGCUGCGUUCAUCCCUUGGAUAUCAGGGUGGUAGAAGUCUUACUUGAAGACCAGAGCUUGUGAAUGUGGAACUGCUUCUAGCAGUCUGUAGAAAGACUUAUCCACUUGUUCUUUGUUGUCAAAUGGCCUCUAGCAAACACCCACAGGUAUGUCCGUCAUACCUGUCUGCUCUUCAGUCUUUACUCAUGAGCUCUCUGUUGGCUCACUGUCCAUCCUGAGGCAGAGCUCUGUGCAUUCCAGCUGUGCUUUUACACAAAUGACAACUUUUCUACCUCUCCUCAUCUUCAUGGCUCAUCCUUCCUCAAAGGUCUUUAUUUUUCCAUUGCAACACUCCAGUCAUGCAAUCCAUCCUGGCAGUUGAGACCUCUGUUGGAGCCACUUGCUCAGUUUGUGUGGAGAGCCAGCAUUACUGUAAAAUGUUUUUGCUUCUUCAGCCUUGAAAAAAACCUCUGUAAAGUGGGCGUAUGAAAAUCCUGUUUUAACUAAUUGCUCAAUAUGUUCAAGACUGCAGUGCUCUGUAUGUACAGGGCUGUACUGAUAGAAAGCCAAACAUCAGCACUUUCUAUUUAUGAAGGAUUUGAUGCUCAUGAAAGAUGUUUGGUGAGGUAAGGAUGGAAGACUUGUUCAAAAAUCAGGUAUUCGGCUGCCAGUGGCUAUUAGCCCUAAUAUUUUUUUUCUCCUGUCUCCACUUUUCAAAGAAGCAGUUACAUAUUUGUUGCAGGACUGCUGCUCCUGCAGCUGAGGUUAUGUGGUAAUGAGUGUUAGUAUAAGUAAUUGUUCCUUAUGGGUCUUAGGAUAUUCUACAACCUUAUAGAAAAGUUGUGAGGUGCUGAAACAGCUGCCCAGAGAAGCUGUGGUGCCCCGUCCUUGGAGCUCUCAAAGCCAGGUUGGAUGGGGCCCUGGGUAUCUGAGCUGCUGGGGGGCAGCCCUGCCCACAGCAGGGGUUGGGGCUAGGUGAGCUUUAAGGUCCCCCCAACCCAAAUCAUCCUGUGGUUCUAUGAUUCUGUGAAAGAAAUAAUGACAUUAAACACUGUAUUUGUGCAGGAAGUGUGUCAUGCUACAGUCAAUUACUGUUGUAUCAAUGCUGUAUUGUAUGAGUUUGCUUUUGUGAAUUACAGACCAGUGUGAUAAAAAUUGCUGCAAAGCACUGAAGCAUGUGCUGUGUUUUGUACUUAGGUUUUAAUCAAGUGCUAAAGGUGGCUUGCUGCCUGGUAGAAUCUACUUGAUUGACUUAAGAAGCUCUCCUUGCUGCAAAUUUUACGUGUACUCCUGUUACAGUGUUUGAAUAAUGUAGUGAACACCUCAGUCCUUUGACUAGAAGUCUUUUUCUUUUGAGUCACAUUUUAUUUAAUAAAGCACUCUCCUAAUAUCUAUUUUUAUUAAAAAGAGUAACUAUAUUCUGUCUUCUGAUUGCUAAACUGUUUGCAAAGAUUUUGAAAACUGUUAAUUUGGGAAACUCUAAGCUAUGUAGCAAUAAAUUUAGAACAACUGCAGAGUAAUCAGGGGCUGAUGAUGAAUCCACUUUUGCAAGCCACUUAUUGCAUAAGUAAUAAUGUAUCCAUGGGGAGAAAUGGCUUGUCUAAAAUUAAGCAGGAUUACUAGUUGUCUUGUAAUGUCAGUCCCCAGUGUUCACUGUCUGCUACAAAUGUGAGCCUCUGCCUGUAAGAAAGCAAGGAAACAUCUGCAUUGUUGCACAUGAUUGCAAGUAAGUGUCCUGAUUUUUCAGAAAUGCACAAGAAUCAGGUCAUUUAGCUGCCAAAGACAUGGAGACAACAGUUUAAGUUUUUGAACAAGAAACCUCAGUUGAAAUUGAAAGAAAAAUGUCUGAAAUCUGAAUCCUAGUGCUGAUGACAUUAUAAAUACCUUGUGCUGAACUAAAUGCUGUUAAAAUAGUUUCUUUGCAGCUUCAGUGUGUAGAAUUUAAUGUAGAUGUGCUGGUGAAACGGCCUCCCUUACAAGAUACCAUCACUGUCAUAGAUUUAUGUACUGCCUUGGAUGUUUCUGUUAUUUAGAAAUCAGAUGUUCUUAACAUAACUUGAUAAAUAAGUUUUUGAUAGGUUAUAGUUUUUCUGAUGGUGCAUAAAUGCCAUUGAAAUGGAAGAUGUUAUCUUUUCUUCAUUUUAUUAAAGCUGGUUCUUAAAACUGUUGCCUUACUAUUUGCUUUAAUGUGUCUCCCAGCAGCUGAAAUUUGCUUUCAGGACAGGGUAUUUGAAUAUGAAAUGUCUGACUGAUUUGCACUGUUAAUAAUUGAAGCCCAAGGAAGGGGUAAUCUUUUAAAUCAUAGCUCGUGAUGUUUCAAUGGGCAGUUCUUAAGAACUGUGCACUUUCUUAGCCUUACAUUCUUGUCUGCAUUCAUAGAAGCGUUUCUAAUGUAGUCUGAUAGAAGGCUGUGCUUUUGCUCACCUUUACUUACGGUUAAACUGGAAAUUCACUACACAUACUCUGUAGUAGAAUGAGCAUUUCCACAGGCUUCAAAGUAAUGAUGUUCAUGUUUUCUGGAGUAAUAGUUUCUUGACUUGCAUGUGGGUGUUCCAUCCCUGGAGGCAUUCAAGGCCGAUUUGGACAGAACCCUGGGCAGACUGAUCUAGUGGGUAGCAACCAGCUCAAGGUACGGAGUUGGAUCUUGAUGAUGUUUAAAGUCCCUUCCAUUCUAAGCCAUUCUAUGAUUUUUUGCUCCUCAUAAUUUUUCAGUCUUUUUCAUAGUCUUGGAAUAAGAUGAGCCAGCUGAUUGGUUGGCUCUCAGCCAUAUCAGGUUCCUUUUCAGUUUGCACUUAGUCUAAUUUGACAGUGAUAGAACUGUUCUGCCUUUAGGCACAAGAAUAGUUGUGUUUGCUGGGUUAGAACUUUCCCCGUUGAAUAAUCAAUGCAAAGUCUUGUUUUGUGUAUAAAACACAGAUUUGAAACCUCUGUUUUUCAUAGAUCAAGGAGUAAUAGUCUAAAUUUUGGCUUGGUUACUAUUUCUGUUGAUUUUUGCUUUAAAAAUGGUUUGUACAAGGUAGAACAGUACGCCUUAUGAUGAGCAAAUGAACAAUUUUUUUUUUUUAAUUUCACUUAUUUUCCUUUUCCUCUGUCGUUCUCUACUCUGCUAUCAAAUGCUGCACUGAAUUAGAAGGUGCUUUUUGUGUUUCUUGUAGGAAUUAUCAGUUGAAUUAUUGUAAUUGAGACUUAUAUGGAGAGUAGUAUGGUACAAGAACACUGAUCAGUGGAACGAAUUACUCAACUCUGCAAAAUCUUCAUCUCUGUUCCUUUAUAUUGCAGUGUGGAAUAAUCACUGCACAUUUAUUUUGCUUUAAAUGAAUCUCAAUAAAUGAUGGUUACUGCUUUAAAUAAUCAGUUUCUGUUAAUUGUAUGAAAUAUUUCAAUUUCAUAUGUGAAAGGGCCAUGAGCCCCCAAGUACAAAUAAGUUUUUGACAGAAGCAUGCAUUACAAAUUAAUGUAAACAUUCCCAGUCUGGUAGGUGAGGAGUUUUCCAUGAACUGUCCAUAGAAGGGAAUAUAUAUCACUCUGCAAAGAGUUUGAGGAAUAUAGAACAUGCCCUUGUUUUGCUUUUCUUAGCAAUUUAUGCUUAACAGCUUAUAUUGGGUGAAUAUUUACAUUCAUCCUUUCUUGAAGAUGUGCUUGUCUCCAGACAAUAUUGGUGGUUUUGCUUAUCAUGUUUUCUCACUGCUCUUUCCAGCAGCAAUCUAGUGUUAUAAACCAAAGUGUGAAAACAAAACCAAAUUGUUCCCAGAUGUAGUACUCUCAGUAAUGUAGUGUGAAGAACCUUCCAUGUGGGCAUGAAACUAAACACUAUUGGAUUUAAGGUAUUAAUAUUUCCCACUUCACCAGUGUAUGAUGACUGUUCAGUGUGGCAAAGAGAAGCUAAUUCAUACUCAGGAUUUCUGCGUUUGAAGUGCGAGGCUAACUGCACUUCUCCUGAAGUAAGUAGAAAAUAGUAUGUUCUCCCUGCAGGACAUAUUUUUCUUCCUUUCAGUAAGAAUCCAACCUAUGUAAUCUUGACUUUAGAUUGAAAGUGUUUGUUUUAUUUCUGUUACAUUGAAACUCCUUCUAGAAUUAAGCUUAUUAGAUCUGAAAACAUAAUCCAGUUUGACCAACUAUAAGGUUGAAGUAUUUAUGUAGAGGGUUCCUUGACAGGGUUCCUUGUAGAUUGUUACUGAGACUGCAGACUUCAUGUAACUCACCUUGUGCUGUGAGGGUAAAAUUCAUUCUGUUGUCUGGCUUGCUUGGCAUAGGAUUAUACAAAGGACUAGUAAGAAUAAAGAUCACAGAUCUGUAAAACUGGACAGGAGAGGAGUUUUAAGUAUCCGGAUUUAAAAUUAUGAUUUCUCCUAUGAUUCAGCUCAGCAGUUUCUAAAUUCCUAUAGAAAACUUUUCUUGCUUUCCCCAGGUUGAAGAAUAGUCUUGCAUCUUCUGCGGUGAAGUCUUUCAGAACCCCCAUCAGUAAGUUUGUGCAAACUGUGUUGAAUAGAGUAUGCAUUGCCUGGAAUCCUGGAAUUACCUUUUUCAGAUAGAUGUCAUUACUAACACUUUCUGCAAAGAGAAGGGAAAGCUGAGAGAAAGGGGCUGAUAGAGAAGAAGAGUGCUUUACUUUGCAUUACAAAAAUUAUAUAACUCUAGCUGAAAUGUAUUUUUUCUUCUUUUAGCCACUGAAAUUAGCAAUUAUGAACAAAAAGGGAGGAUAGCUGAAAUUUGUGUGAUGAUUUACUAAGGAGUUAAAUAAAUAAUGGAAGAAUUU